AUGGACAAAAAUACCGCUUUCCGGGUUGACGAGGACCCUGUGUCGAGAGAUCCUGAAUCUCCCCAGCCCCAAGAUGAGGACCAGGAUCAACAAGAUGGUGUGAGAGUGGCCGAGGCUGUCACCUCCUCGUGGUCAAGAACCUCGUUGAUUGUGGCCUAUGCAUCAAUGUGGUUAUUGUAUUUUGUCAACGGCCUGAACAGCAGUCUGACCGCGAAUCUAUCACCCUAUAUCACCAGCGAAUGGUCGGAGCACUCAUUGCUCACGGUGAUCAGUGUCGUCACGAGCGUAAUGGGAGCUGCCUGCGUAAUGCCGAUCGCCAAGAUCCUCAAUCUCUGGGACCGAACUCUCGGAAUCUUCAUCAUGGUCUUGAUCGCCAUCAUGGGUCUGAUCAUGAUGGCGGCUUGUCAGAACAUUGCAACCUACUGUGCUGCCCAGGCUUUCUACACGGUCGGAUUCACUGGUGUCAUAUUCUCCAUUGAUGUCAUCACAUCCGAUACCUCUUCGCUUCGGGACCGAGGCCUUGCCUAUGCCUUCACGUCCUCACCUUACAUGAUCACUGCCUUUGCUGGCUCCCCACUGGGAAAUCAAUUCCACGAGUCCAACUGGCGAUGGGCGUACGGCACCACCUGCAUCAUCCUGCCCAUUGCUGCUAUGCCGUUGAUUAUUGUGUGGCAAAUGGCAAAGCGCAAGGCCGCCAGAGAAGGACGACUGCAGUAUAAGCCCCGGAGCACGCGGACCUGGACCGAGAGUGUGUGGUUCUAUGUUCUGGAAUUUGACAUCAUCGGUAUCCUCCUGAUGAUUGGCGGUCUCAUCCUCUUCCUCACAUCCUUCAACAUCGCCGGCAACACUGAGGGAGUAUGGCAAUCUCCCAAGAUCAUCGCCAUGAUGGUGGUCGGAUUCUGCGUACUUCUUGGAUUUGUCGCAUAUGAACGCUGGGGCGCGCCUAAGCCGUUCAUCCCCUUCUCUCUUCUCUGCGAUCGCACCGUGAUCGGUGCCUGUCUUCUCGACAUCACCUACCAAGUCUCAUACUAUUGCUGGGCGAGCUACUUCACAUCCUUCCUGCAAGUGGUCUUCGACACCAGUUUCACACAGGCUGGCUACAUCGCCGCCAUCUUCGACUUUAUGGAUCCGGUCUGGCUUCUGGGUUGUGGAUAUUUGAUCCGUGUGACCGGUCGAUUCAAGUGGCUUCUCAUGGCCGCUGUGCCGUUGUAUCUGCUGGCCAGUGGAUUGAUGAUCUACUUCCGCACUCCUGGCCACAGCGUGGGAUACAUGUGCAUGGUGCAAAUCUUCCUCGCCGUCGGUGGCGGUACGAUGAUCCUGAUUGAGCAGGUUGCCGUUCUUGCCGCCGCCAAACACGAAGACUACGCUGCCAUGUUGGCUCUCCUGAGCGUCUUUGGCAAUCUGGGCGGUGCGGUCGGUAGCAGCGUUUCCGGAGCGAUCUGGACCAACACGUUACCCAAGAAAUUGCAGGAGCUAUUGCCGGAUGAGACUAAGAAUAUGUGGGCGGAUAUCUAUGAGUCACUGGAUAUGCAACUCAGUUAUCCUGUGGGUGACCCUACUCGCACCGCCAUCCAGAACGCAUACGCUUCCAGUCAGCGAAACAUGAUGAUUGCGGGAACAGCGGUGAUGGGAUUGUCGAUUGUUUGGGUCUUGAUGAUGAGAAACAUCAAGGUCAAGGAUAACAAGGACGUCACCAAGGUCUUGUUCUAG